UUAAUUAGUUCUUUGAGGAAAAAGUAUGUUUUUAUCGAGAUAAAAAUACCUAGCCCUGAUAACUUCAUGUAAUGCUGUAUAGAGCUUGAGCCCUGCCAGUCUCGUCAUCCAAGGUUCCUAAAAAUUAGCACUAUGACUGAUGGAGACUACGAUUAUCUGAUCAAACUCCUGGCCCUUGGAGACUCUGGGGUUGGAAAAACAACGUUCCUCUACAGAUACACCGAUAACAAAUUUAAUCCCAAAUUUAUCACGACAGUAGGGAUAGAUUUUCGGGAAAAACGAGUGGUAUACAAUAGCAGAGGACCAAAUGGAUCUCCAGGGAAAGCCUUCAAGGUGCAUCUCCAGCUCUGGGACACCGCUGGCCAGGAAAGAUUUCGAAGCCUCACCACAGCAUUUUUCAGAGAUGCUAUGGGCUUUUUACUGAUGUUUGAUCUCACCAGUCAACAGAGCUUCUUAAAUGUCAGAAAUUGGAUGAGUCAGCUGCAAGCCAAUGCAUAUUGUGAGAAUCCAGAUAUCGUGUUAAUUGGUAAUAAAGCUGAUUUAUCCGACCAAAGGGAAGUAAAUGAAAGGCAAGCAAAAGACCUGGCAGACAAAUACGGCAUCCCCUACUUUGAAACAAGUGCUGCUACCGGCCAGAACGUGGAGAAGGCCGUGGACACGCUGCUGGACUUGAUAAUGAAACGUAUGGAGCAGUGCGUGGACAAGACGCAGGUCUCUGACACAGCCAACGGAGGAAGCUCGGGGAAGCUGGAUUCAGCAAAGCCGGAGGAGAAGAAGUGUGCCUGCUAAACCUCGCCUCGAAACUGUGAGAACCGGUGAAAAUAUCGCAUCAGAACAUGGCUGACCUCCCACCAAAUUCAAACCUGCUCCGUCGAGCCGUGCACAGAAGCAAAGUUCCAUCGUGUUAGUGGGAUCGUGCAUUUUUUUUUCUCUAACGAACUGGUUUAAAAACCUAAAACCUGUAUUGCGGUGAGGCUCUUGUGCUGAAAUAAUUAUUCCUGAUACCGUGUCAUCGUCCUGAAUAAUUCUCCCACCUGCUCUUCCCCGCUCCUAUUCCCUCGGCCCUCAUCUUUAAUUGUUGUCUGAUCGGGAUACUGAACAGAGGAAAGUAGCUCUAUUCAAAAUAUA